GUCUCCGACUGGGGAACAGUAAUAUCUGCUUUUUUAUCUGUUACUUUUCUCUCUUACUCGGUACAUUCGAUAACAAACAUUAGCGUUUUCGACGCUAUUAAUUGUUAUUAAUUUCUAAUUCGUGAUUUGAAACAUGAAUCUUAAGGUAAACAUGAAUUUGUUUAUACCGCUACUACGACAGAUAUCGCGAAAAAGAUUUACGGAAAGGCAUCUGAGUACGUGCACCGCAUCACUAUUCAAUCACUGUCCCGGACCUUUAUCCCAAUUCACAGACGAAGAACUUUUGAUGAAAGAAAGCGUUGGUAAAUUAGCGAAAGAGGAAAUUGCGCCGCUUGUACGAAAAAUGGAGAAAGAAGGUAAAAUAGACGAGGGAUUAGUACAAAAACUUUUUGAAAAUGGUCUGAUGGGUGUCGAGAUACCAGAAAAAUAUGGUGGUUCUGGAUGUAAUUUCAUGACAACGAUAUUAACCGUCGAAGAAGUUGCGAAAGUUGAUGGAGCUGUCGCAGCGCUAGUCGACAUUCAUAAUACUUUGGUGAAUUCGUUAACCGUGAAAGUUGCCACGGAAGAGCAGAAAGCAAAAUAUUUGCCGAGAUUGGCUCAACAGCAUGUAGGCAGCUUUUGCCUCACCGAACCUGGUUCGGGAUCGGAUGCGUUUUCUUUGAAAACGGAAGCAAGAAAGGACGGACCUUCUGAUUAUGUGAUAAAUGGAACGAAAAUGUGGAUUUCAAAUUCCGAUAUCGCUGAAUUAUUUCUAGUUUUUGCAAAUGCAAAUCCUUCUGCUGGAUACCGUGGCAUUACGACGUUCUUCGUAGAACGAAAUACAUCGGGAUUGACGAUCGCCAAACCUGAGGACAAGCUAGGAAUUAAGGCAUCGGGUACAUGCAUGAUUCACUUGGACAACGUCAAAGUUCCUGAAACUAAUAUCUUAGGACAAUUUGGCCAUGGAUACAAAUACGCUGCUGGGUUUUUAAACGAAGGUCGAAUCGGAAUUGGAGCUCAAAUGAUUGGUAUAGCACAGGGUUGCUUAGACGCUACUAUACCGUACACAUUAGAAAGAAAGCAAUUUGGAAAAGAUAUAUUUUCAUUUCAAUCUAUGCAGCAUCAAAUUGCUCAAGUGGUUACCGAGCUUGAGUGUGCCAGAUUAUUGGUUUACAACGCAGCCAGACUAGUUGACGCUAAAAAAGAUGUGAUGAAAGAGGCUGCUAUGGCAAAGCUUGUAGCUUCCGAAACGGCUUUACGUGUUACCGCAAAAUGCAUCGAUUUCAUGGGUGGAGUAGGAUUCACGACAGAUUUCCCUCAAGAAAAAUAUUUCAGAGAUUCUAAAAUCGGUACUAUUUACGAGGGUACUAGUAACAUGCAACUGUCAACCAUAGCCAAAUGUAUCCGCAAAGAGUACUCGUAAAUACGUCGUUAUAAUCAAACAAACUUUAUUUUCAUCCCUUUUUUAUCCUUCGUUUUACAAUGUCUA